AUGGUGUCGUUAAGCAGCAGAGCGCUGGUCUCUGAUAAUGACCUCUUUAGGGACAGCGUUAGCCUGGUCUCCCUGGGGCUUGUGGAGGGAGAGGGCAGUGAGGGGGGGAGCGAGGGGGGUAGCUUUGCUUCGUGUUACAGCCCCGAGGCUGGGGACAUGGGGGCUGGACUCAGCUUCAGCCCUGGAGAGGAGGAGGAUGACGGAGAGGAAGGGGGCCUGCUCCGACUCUAUCUGACCCCCACAGAGGGUCUGCUUGACUUCAGCCCCCGCCUGCCCUCACCCUUCUCUCCCACCCUGGAGGACAUCGAGGAGUUCCUCAGGGAGAAGAUGGAGCUGGUGAGAGAGGGGGUUCUCUUCCCUGGUGAACCCAUAGAGGAGCCCGCUCCCUCCCCUUCCAGCUCCAUGAAACAACCCUUCUCCUCCCCAGGGGGACACAGUGACCCAGGCACCAGCGCUGCCCUGUCACCCCCCACCCCACAAAUCCCCAACACCCCUCACACCCCCAGCCCAGCAGCCCUGUUCCCCUCCCCACCCCCCCACCACCCCCCCAGUGCUCCUGGGAGCACCCCUGGUUCUCCAGGUCCAGUCCUUGCCUCUGGCCCAGCCUCACCCCCAGACAGGCUCUCCUCCUGGUGCAUCCAGCGGGCUGAGAUUGGCCCACCUGGUCCUGGGACUCCACGGAGGGCAGAACGUUACCCUGCUGGCCCCACAGGUGCCCUCCGCCUCAGCCACCCUUCUCAACAUAGCCAGCACGGACGCUCCAGACCAGAAGUAUGUGAAGAUUGCCCCUCUACCAAUCACUGUGAGGGUUACCGGGGGGCUUGUUGGGGCAACAGUGGUUGUGGGUCACAGUGGAGGGGCCGUGGUGAAAGCUGUGGCCCCCCCUAGGGUGAACAGACCCCCUCCUAAAGAGACGCUGAGGGUGCACAAGUGUUCUCACCCGGGCUGUGAGAAGAUGUACACCAAGAGCAGCCAUCUGAAGGCCCACUUCCGCAGACACACCGGAGAAAAGCCCUACACCUGCAGCUGGCCUGACUGUGUCUGGAGGUGAGUUAUAUUUAUUUAUAUAUAUAUAUAUAUAACAAUGCUAGUCAAGAUGCAGAGAAAACACAGGAAUCUUGGGUUUGUUAAAUGUAGUUUAUUACCAUAUAGGCUAGUCAUUAGCAUGUGAUAGGUUAAUAAAACGGAGAGAGAAUAAAGAAAAGUCUGUAAUGACUGGUUCAAAAUGAAGUGGGUAUAAUGAUGACAGUGGCAAACAGAUGCUCUAUCACAGUUGUUAUUUUUGUUAGGAUAUUGACAUACAGUAUUGCACUGUAAUUAUUUUGUAAAGCUGAACAUAAAGUAAAUAUUGUUCUGUCUCUGCAGAGGUAGGAAGUAGAGCUGGUAUAAAACAGUAACAAUAUAGAAGCUCAGCAAAUAUUAGAUAUUACAACACACUCACUGUUGCUAACAGUUACAGUUUCCCAAUAAGCAACUGCAGUGAGCUCUGUAAGGAAAGGAUUGGGGUUAGGGUUAUUAAGGUAGUUAGAGGAUGUGAAAAUAUAUGCUUAUAAUGUUGUUUGUACAGUGCCUUCAGAAAGUAUUCACAACCCUUGACUUUUUUUCACAUUGUGUUGUUACAGCCUGAAUUUAAAAUGGAUUAAAUUGACAUGUAUUUAUUUUUUACUGGCCUACACACAAUGCCUCAUAAUAUCAAAGUGGAAUUAUGUUUUUUGAAAUUUUUACAAAUUAAUUAAAAAUGAAAAGCUGAAAUGUCUUGAGUCAAUAAGUAUUCAACCCCUUUGUUAUGGCAAGCCUAAAUAAGGUCAGGAGUAAAAAUGUGCUUAACAAGUUACAUAAUAAGUUGCAUGGAUUCACUCUGUGUGCAAUAAUAUGGUGAAGUUAUUAAUUACACUUUGGAUGGUGUAUCAAUACACCCAGUCACUACAAAGAUACAGGCGUCCUUCCUAACUCAGUUGCUGGCGAGGAAGGAAACCGCUCAGGGAUUUCACCAUGAGGUGACUUUAAAACAGAGUUUAAUGGCUGUGAUAGGAGAAAAUUGAGGAUGGAUCAACAACAUUGUAGUUACCCCACAACACUAACCUAAAUUACAGAGUGAAAUGAAGGAAGCCUGUACAGAAUACAAAUAUUCCAAAAACAUCCAUCCUGUUUGCAACAAGGCACUAAAGUAAUACUGCAAAAAAUGUGGUAAAGCAAUUCACUUUUUGUCCUGAAUACAAGGUGUUUGAGACAAAUCUAACACAACACAUCACUGAGUGCCACUCUUCAUUUUCUUCGUCAAGGACUGGAGAGUUUUUCAGGAUAAAAAAGAAAUGGAAUGGAGGCAAAAUCCUAGAGGAAAGCCUAGUUCAGUCUGCUUUCCACCUGACACUGGGAGAUUAAUUAACAUUUCAGCAAGACAAUCACCUAAAAUACAAGGCCAGUUGCUUACCAAGAAGACAGUGAAUGUUCCUGAGUGGCCGAGUUACAGUUUUGACUUCCAUGUACUUGAAAAUCUAUGGCAAGAACUGAAAAUGGUUAUCUAGCAAUGAUCAACAACAAAUUUGACAGCUUGAAGAAUUUUGAAAAUAAUUAUGGACAAAUGUUACACAAUCCAGGUGUCGAAAGCUCUUAGAGACUUACCCAGAAAGACUCACAGCUGUAAUCGCUGCCAAAGGUGCUUCUACAAAGUAGUGACUCAAGGGUGUGAACACUUGUGCAAAUGAGAUUUCUAUAUUUAAUCUUCAAUAAAUGUGCAAACAUUUCUACAAACAUGUUUUCACUUUGUCAUUAUGGGGUAUUGUGUGUAGAUGGGUGAGAAGAAAACAUAUUGAAUUCAGGCUGGAACAUAACACAAUGUGGAAUAAGUCAAGGGGUAUGAAUACUUUCUGAAGGCACUGUAAAUUGUAAAUACUGUUUGACCCACCAUUUAGUGUUCCUAUUUCCCUCAGAGCUGUGUCUGAGCGCUAAUUUGGGGGCAAUCAAACAGUGGGAAUAACAGGCCUCCUGACACACUUAGCUGGAACUGACUGAGCUAAGUGUUUAGCGUAGAAACAAUUAGAAUUCAGAGAAAUGAUCAAAGCACCUCUAUCUCUGUAGGUUCUCUCGUUCUGAUGAGCUGUCUCGUCACCGGCGCUCCCACUCCGGGGUCAAACCCUACGAGUGCUCUCUGUGUGAGAAGAAGUUUGCCCGCAGUGACCACCUCUCCAAACACACCAAGGUGCACCGCAGCCCCCGGCCUGGCAGAAUCGUCAGAACUACCGUCUGA